AAGAAGCACUAAUCUGGAAAUCAAAAUUAUUCAACUCCAUUCCAGAUAUUUCUUUCAAAAUAGGAGAAGAAAUUCCUCCAAUAACUUGAAAAAAACAAUAACUUGUUUAGGUAAAUUCGAGGGGGGAAUUGAUUCUAACGUCCCCAUCUUUUGGUGUGAGAUGGACAAUUGCCUAAGUUAUUUCUUAAGCCGAAAGUUUUGGGGUUAGGUUUGUCGGACAUGAAUUCGAGGUAAAAUUUGAACCCAAAAGACCAAUCAGAUCUUCGACAACAGUAAUCAAACCGAUCUGUCUCUGGAGAGUAACAUAAGAAACAAAUCUUCACUGGAGUUCAGUUUGAUGUGAAGAGAAAAUGGCGGAGAAUUCAGAACAAUCUACAAAUGUGGACUUGACUGGUAAAAGUGCUAAUGGUCUAGUGGAUAAGGCUUCUGAGCAGCCAGCUUUAGCAGUGUCAGAAGCUGCUGUAGAACGUGCUUCACCAUGCCCCUAUAGACUCUUCAGGCGGGAGAGGUCUGUUCAUCAAAUUAUGGGAGGUGGAAAGGCUGCUGAUGUGAUCUUGUGGAGGCGGCACAAUAUUUCUAUUGGAAUCCUUUUUGCAGCCACUGCUGCAUGGUUGCUGUUUGAACGGUCUGGAUAUGCCUUACUGUCACUUGUUGCAAAUGUACUUCUACUUUUGAUCGUUAUAUUGUUUUUCUGGGCAAAUUCUGCAGCUCUCCUCAAGAGACCACCUCCACCUCUACCUGAAUUGGAAUUGUCAGAAGAAAUAGUAAAUAGUGCUGCAGCAUCAAUGCGUGUUAGGAUUAAUUAUUCUCUAGCAGUAGCCCAUGAUAUUGCCCUUGGCAAAGAUUUCAAGCUUUUUGCGAAGGUGGUUGUCUGCUUAUGGCUCCUCUCUGUUGUUGGUAGUUGGUUCAACUUUCUCACACUUAUUUAUAUCAGUAAGUUAGAAUUUUUCAAUCAUGUUUUUGUCCUAGUACCACCUUUCCUGGCAUAUUAUUUCUUUCUUGGUUGUGUGAUUAUGUAUGGUAAUUGUUUGAGUGAUUUAUUCUUGAAAUCAUUUGAUAUUCUGGGGGAUUGUUUAUAUAUUGGAAAGUCCUAUGUGAUGGUACAUGUCUAACGUUGUUAUGAUGUUAGAUUGUGUGCACUGUGAUCAUCAUGGACUUUAUCCCUCUUGACUACAUCUUGCAGGUGUUGUUGCUUUUAUCACCAUUCCUGCCUUGUAUGACAAAUAUGAGGAUCAUGUAGAUAGAUUUGCAGAAAUUGCAGAGGAGGAAAUAGUAAAACUUUCAAAGAAAUUCGAUGAACACAUUGGAAGCAGGAUUGCAAUGUUUCUUUCAAAAGAGAAGAAGAUGCAGUAAUACAGUCUUUCUUUGUUUCAAGCAAGGGCAUGCUUUUCAGUGAAAUUUGGGAUUGGUUUUGUGCUCAAAUAUAAUUCCUAACAAUCCAGGCUGUUUAAAGAUGAGGUCUGUACAGGUUAAUCAUAUUUUUUGUAAGUCGGAAGAUUAUAGCAAUAUUCUGCACAUUCUUCUUUUUGGCCAA